ACUAACAUUAAUUCACCAAUUCUGAACUAUUACAGUUACAUCGAAUGUAUGGUAAAAUAUCUGCGAAAGACCCAUUAUGUUGCUGCGAAUAUGUUGAUAAAAACUCAGAAAGAAGUCAUGUUUUAGCCAGUUGCUGUGAUUGCGAGGCCCUUGAUUCAAGUUGUGACCACUGUAUUAGAUGUAAACCAAUUCCACAGAAGACGCUAAACGAUAUGAUUGAUACUAUUGGUGAUAGAUGUCGGCUACCCAUGUGCUUCGGAAAGGGAGCCAUUCAAAUUCGUCUCGAUACUGCUAUUCCAGUAUUAUUGGUCCCAUCUAGCAUCCUAUUGGCAACUCUUGGACCAUAUUUUACAGCAUUUUCCUUUUGUACUUUGCCUUUGAUGAUAUACUUUUUCUAUAGAGUCCUAACUAGAGAUAAAUUAAUAAGAACAGACAUAUUUUAUACAUUCGGCCUAACAUCUGUCUUUCUUAUGUUUUAUACCUUCGAAUUUGUUGUCAUAGGAUAUAGAGAAAUUCUAUUAUGGGAGAAUAUCGUUGUUGUCAUUCUGUUUUCUUUAUUGCUAAUUUGUUUAAUCAGGGCUCGUAAAGAUCCUGGAGUAUUGCAGAAGAGUAGCAAAAAAUCAAAUGAAAGUUAUCUGAAAAAUCAUGUUGCAGAAAGUCACCCAGUUGCUCACAUACUAAAAAAUAGUUUUGCAGUGUCAGACGAAGAUAUUACAGACUGCAUUACUGAUAGGGCGUCUACGAAAUCCUUAGAUAGCGACCAAGUAAAUUGGGCUGAUUCAAGAGGAUUUAUAAAUGGAAAAUUAAACACUUGGUGUUCUCAAUGCGACUUAAGGAGGAUUCCUCGAUCUGGUCAUUGUCCCAUUUGCAGAAUCUGUGUUAGAAUUCGAUGUCACCAUUGUUUAUGGAUAGACCGAUGUGUAGGAAAUAAUAAUCAUCGCUUUUUCUUUUUUGGCCUUUUGCUCUCAGUUCUGCUUGGAUAUUAUGGCAGUCAUUUAACACUUACAACAAUAUGCACACCAAAAAUGUAUUACGACUGGUUUCUAAUACCUGAUGACUGCCGAUACUUGUAUGCAGAUCUACCAACAGCGUUAUGUUUUGUUUCAGCCAUUUACACGAUUAUCUUCACAACGUUUUUAUCUUUUAUUCUUCUGCAGCAAAUUCUCUUGAUUUCACAAAAUGCAACUUCUCAAGAAUUACAUCAAGCAUCUAUACGUGGUUAUACAACUUGUAUAUUAUUUAUAAGGAAGAAAAAUAAUCCUAAUGAUAGAGGAUUGUUUUGGAAUUGGAUAAACUUUCUCGGAGGAAAUCGAAAAGAACGCUAUGGACAUUAUGAUAUUUAG